GUGGUCGGAGUGUGGUGGCAUAGGGCGGUGAUGCAGGCCCCUCCCUGCGGCGCGCCGCCUCGCCGCCGCCUCAGUCGACUCUACAUCGCGCCAAAGUCGCAACGGUCCGCUCUAUCACGUCACGGCCGCCGCGCGUAAAAAGUUUCGCUACUACUCCGAAACUUCCUAUCGUAGCGACAACACAGCUAAACCGAUGUUAAACACUGUUUACUGAUAUAUCGACACGGUGUCACGUACAAGACUCAUUUGAUAAUAUGUGUUAAAUAUAAUAAAAUAGUUGUCAGUGAUUUUUAAACAAAAAAAUCAAAAAGAUUUUAUUAUAUAUUUUGUUGGUUAAAUUAAAUAUAUCAACAGCAGUUUAGAAUUAUUUGGAACUGUAAAAAAAACUAAAAUUUAAUUCAAAAGUGUUAAUAAGGAAUCGCCAUAACGUCGAAGCGAGAACUGUCAAGUUUACGAUUGCAAAGACUAUGCUCUAUAGCACCAUCGAUGGGAUGUUCGGACGGUGACGGCGCGUGGGGCUCGGGCGGCAGGCUGGGCUCGCGGGUCAACUCGAUGCUGCUGCAGGGCGAGGCUCGGGAGCGCCCGGCCGAGGCCAUGGACGAGGACUGUUCGGCGCGUCCUUGCGCCACAGACUUCUCCAUCGCGGCCAUCAUGGCCAGGGACCGCCAGGAGAGGCGAGAGAGGCGGAGACAUAGGGACCCUAGAGAAGAUACACUUACACCUUUAGAAAAGUUCGUGGAUGCGACCGCGUCAGCGUCGGGGUCACCGUCACCGCCUCUAGCAGAAUAUGAAAGAGAUUCUCCCGUGGACGUCUCCUCGACAUCAGAAGCGGGAUCAGCUAGCGGGACAGCCAGCGGAUCCCGUGCCCUCUCCCCCCCACCGCGCAACCCUCAGCUUGCAGAAAGGUGGUCCAGUGAGGAGAUGCGGCACAUACAGUGUCACCUAGAGACCAAAGAGUUGUGGGACAAAUUCAAUGAAUUAGGAACUGAGAUGAUAAUUACUAAAACUGGAAGACGAAUGUUUCCCACGGUGCGCGUGUCGUUCGCGGGGUGCCGAGCGGAGGCGCGGUACGCGGUGCUGCUGGACGUGGUGCCGGUGGACGGCAAGCGGUACCGCUACGCGUACCACCGCUCCUCGUGGCUGGUGGCGGGCAAGGCGGACCCACCCGCGCCCGCGCGCCUCUACCCGCACCCCGACUCGCCCUUCUCCGGCGACCAGCUGCGUAAGCAAGUCGUCUCCUUUGAGAAGGUCAAGCUCACCAACAACGAGAUGGAUAAGAAUGGACAGUUGGUGCUAAACUCGAUGCACAAGUACCAGCCGCGCAUACACUUGGUACUGCGACGGGAAGGCGCGCUCAACGCUCCCAUCACCGAUCUUGAGCAAGAGGAAUUCAAGACUUUCAUCUUCCCGGAGUGCGUGUUCACGGCAGUAACGGCAUAUCAAAACCAAUUGAUCACGAAGCUGAAAAUCGACAGUAAUCCAUUCGCCAAGGGAUUCCGCGACUCUUCACGUCUCACUGAGUUCGAAAGAUUCUAUGUCACGGGGGAGCACGAAAGAACAUCGAUCUACCCCGAUGACCCGCGCUUCAGCGCUGCUAAUCAUAGGGAAACUAUGGAGUCAAUGUUGGCGGAACAGCACUACUUACGUUCGCCUCUACGACCCUUCGAUCUAGACCAGCAUAACAAUAAUCUGACGCUGGAGGAGAAAGCAAUCCUCGCUGCUCGUUCGCAACUAUUUCUGCGAGCUGCAUAUCCUCUAUACGGCGUGCCAGCAGCAGCUUUGUGGGGUCAGUGGGCUUGCUUAGCCCCACAGCUGUUGGCUCAACAGCACUUGGCGGCAUCAGGGUCCGGUCUGCAGCUGCCGCGACCGGUGUACCCGGGCGGGUUGCCAGCGGGCAGCGCGGCGCUGGCGCAGCAUCGUUUCUCGCCGUAUCCGCCGCGCCGCGCCUCUCCCGGCUCCUCUCCUGACUCGUUGCGCGACGCCAGCCCGCACCCCGCCCCGCUCACCCCGCACCCGCCGCAUACUCCUCAUCCACCACACAGCCCUACUUAGUAAUAAAACAGCAAAUAAAAAUCUCCCCACGAUCUCCCCAUACGCGGUACGCAACUGUUUAUAUCAUGUACUAUGUAGAAAUAAAAGACGUUUCGAGUACGUUGGCGUUUCGCAUCAGAACGGUGUUUCAGAGUUUACGACGAGGGUUAUGAAUUGUAAAGUGAAACGGUAAAACAGUAGAGUGCGAGUGGUAACGAGCUCCGUGUAUCGCGAUCGGACGAUUAAAAUAUACCAGUCGUUUGGAUAUCGAUAUCGCACGUAUCUUGUGACUUUUGUAAUAUAUUGUACCAUACAUAUUUAAUUAUAAAUUAAAUCUGUAAUUAUAUUGUUAUUAUAUUGUUCCUAUAAUAUUUUCUUGUAGUGAUGGUUUCAGCAAAAUUAAUAUUAUAGAUCUAGUUAAUUAGAAUUUAAUGCAUUGGAUGAAAGCAUUUCGUAGUACAUUAAUUUGGUAUGUGCAUAAUGUAUAAAUUUUGAUAGCUUUUAUGUUCGCUCUCGUUCACACCUGAUUUUUCACUCUUCAGGUUUAUUGUGCAAUAAAAGAAAAAUACAAAAUUUGUUUUAGAAGUACUCGUUUAGGUACAUACCUAUUAGCUUGAUUAGAUGUAGUUUAAGUAAACUGUAGAAAUGAUAUUUGCUAUCUGUGUUUACAAUUAAUUCCAACAUCCUGUAUUAGUUAUGGACACUAGUACUACUAGUAUAGUUAAAUUAUAGUUAUUAUAGAUAAUAUAUUGCUAAAGAAUAAAACAAAUUAAAUGUUUGUUAACUUA